UUAAAUCACCAUUUCCAAGCCAAAUCGGCUUUGGUGAUUGACGACUCUUGACCCUAGGCCUAUAAUUCCUUGAGCCCAACACACGUCUCACCACCAAAAAUCCUCCUAUCGCCCUCCACCUUUCGCUCUUUCACCCCGCACACGCCAGGCGUUUCUCCAAAAACAACAUCAAGCAGCCUUGUCAAUCCAAACCUAUCUAGACCUUGUUCAGAUCCGAAUCGCUGAAUUUCGUACUACCCCGACCACGACUUACUACGACUACGUGCGCGUAAACUACGGCCUCGGUCCACCACAAAUCUAUAUCACUCAACUUUAAACAACCCGUCAUAUACACAGAUGCUAUGGCAAUACGAUACUCAGUAGACGCGUUAGUUUUCCUGCGCGAGUCACCACUAUGUAUCAAGCCAGGCACCCUGCCUCCAGCGGAAGAAUGGAUGGGACCACCUCCCGAAACCUUUCGCAAUAGCCAAGGCAACAACAACAACAAACCUGGAGGAGAACGAGGUAAAAACAAUGACAGCUUUCUGUUAGACCAAUCUAACCGACGACUAGGUGUCGAUCGACAUGCUUCGCGAAAUGCUAGUACUGCCGAGGAUAUUAUCCUUGGGCCACCACGAACGACAUUCUCAUCGGCAACACUCUCAAGAGCCAACAAACCUUUCGAGAGUGAGAAGAACCCCAAAGACACUGAUGCGCGAGAUCGGUUUGCUUUCCGUUCCAGGAACGGCGACGCUGAUAACUCUGAUCGUUUCCGUGAUCGUGAUCGUGAGAGAGAUCGCGAUGGUAGGAACAAUUUCCGCCGACGCGGCGAUGCUGACCAAGACAGCGAGGGCUGGAGCACUGUGAAACCCCGUAAGAGUUUUGGGCAUGAAGGUGCUGAACGAUUCCAUGGCCGCAUGGGUGAUCGCCCCGACCGCUUUGGAGGAGAUCGUCGAUCACGCGAUCAGGAUGACCGCGAAACUACCGACCGGCCCCGUCGGGCUUUUGGCGAGUUUAGUAAAGAAAAGGAGGGAGAUGAAUUGGAGAAGCCUCGCAGAAAUGGCGUGAAUAGAAACAGAGCGGAGCAGCCUUGGUCAAGAGACAAUACCAACGCCAAUACCAACACCAACAACGGUGAGGCUUCUGUGCCUCGAGGUUUUGAUCGAUCCAAAAGUUGGAGGGACAGGAAUGACGAUCACCAAGGCGACCUACACCAAGAUAAGCCGAGGGAGAGAACAUUUGAGCGAAGAUGGGAUCGAGAUCGGGAUCAUCGUCAAGAACGUGAACCGGAAUGGCUCGAUGAACCCGUCGAAGAGCAGGCUCAGGCUCAUACUCAAGAAGACUUCAAGAAGUUCAUGGAGAGUAUGAAAGCAGGAAAGAAUCCUGCAAAGACUGAGCCUGCCCCUACUCCAGCCGCCGAAGCACCUGUACCACUGGAGAAGGUUGAGAACGAGAAGACGAAAGUCAAAUCAACUCCGGCUAUUGAGAUAGGACCGGAUAAGUUCUUUGCUGCAUUUGGUCAGAGCACAAGCAUCGAAACACCUGGAAAUAUUACCGAGGCAGCUAAGGAGAAUGCCGUUCCUGCCGUUAAACCUAAGUCAGGAUCUAGAUUCCAGAAAUUGUUCUCGACGCAGGAAGAGUCAAGACGCCAGGUUGAACUCCCAGCUCCUGCUGCUAGUGCACCCCCACCAAGCGAGAUAAACCCUCUCUUGGCUAUGGCCGGGGCACAUCCACAGAAUGACGUAGCCGAGAAGGUUGCUUUCCAAGCACUACUUCAGAAGCUCCAGAAGCAGACGCUUCAACCUACCCCUCCGCCGUCCGGCGGGUUUGCAGAGCCUCCUCCAAGUCAUACAAUUACUUCGCCCGGCCCCUAUCAACCUUAUAUACAAGAGCGUCGUGAGGAGCCGCUCAUUCGUGGCCCUCCACAGGGUCAGGAAAUUCCUACACCUAGACAGCACCUAAAUCCGCAAUAUGCCGGGAUGCGCUCGGAGCAGCAGGUGCUGCAAGAACUCAUUGGACAACGCCAUCUUAGUCAGAGUCAGAAUGCGGGGCGUUCUGAUCAGCCAUCAAGGAAUAGCAACAGUAAUGCCGAAUUCCUUAUGACUCUCAUGCAAAGUGCCCGCGCAGCUCCCGAGGGCCGGGGACCCGAGCAGCUUGCUAUGAGAAUGCCGCAGCCUUCUAGACCUGCGCAAAUUCUUCCAACACCAGAUCGAGAACUCGAUUAUCAGCACGAGCGUACCAUCUCGCAGCACCAGGUCGGUCGCCCCACCAACCUACCCAGCUUUUUUGAUGAGGCGCAGUUGCAUCACCGCGAGCCAGAUAGCCGUCCGCAACAGCCCACUCAGAUCCUUCAACGCCAGGCUCCUCCUGGUUUGGAUCAAAUGCACCCAACCGCUUGGAUGCAAAACAGCGGACAGCAAAUGCCACCCCCGGGGCGACCUAUGAUUCCUCCUCCGGGCUUGGCAGGGAACCCGCGCAACGGUCCCGUCCCGGGUGGCUUCCCCCCGGGAAACUUUCCUAUUGGUGGAUUUCCUCCGGAUGGAAUAGCCGGUCCGCCGCGCAACAUGGCUCCGCCUCCCGGCUUCUUUGGUGGCCCACCGCCGCCAGGAUUCAUGCCUCCAGGUAUCCCUGGUUUCCAGGGUCCGGAGAAUGUAGCAUUUGGAUUCGACCACCGCGGUAUGCCUCCUCCGCCAGGUGCUUUCCGUCGGAACUAGAACUUCUGGGGAUAGUUACGUCACGCAACGUUGAUUAAUAAACAUUACCCUGUACCAACCCCGCUUAUACGUGAAGUCGACUUGAAAGGUCUCGAU